CUAGAGAGCGUGCGCAGUCAGAGCUUUCUUGCAAAGUUUAUUUUGAUGCAAAGUAGCGUACUUAGCAGAGGUGGCUCAGUGUGUUGCUGUGAUGUCGCAGAGGCUCCUUAUACUUCCGAGGCAGGAAUCACUUGCACAGCCCCAGGUGCUAAACCCUUUUGUCCACGAACUGAACUUCACCCAAGCGGACAAAAUCAAAUGCAUCCUGCUUGGUAUAAUACUUGUUCCUCUUCGCAUGCUGCUAUUUGGAUUUUUCCUCUUGUUGGCUUGGCCUUUCAUAAUCCUAAUAACUGCUUGCCAUCCUCAACAUGAGAACGAACCGAUGCUUGAGUGGAAAAGGACAAUAUCUUCAUCAGUUCUCAGCUUGCUUGGCCGUGCUAUUGUCUUUUCCAUGGGGUUCCGACUGAAAGUGAAAGGGAAGUUAGCAUGUCCAUCAGAAGCCCCAGUCCUUGCGGUUGCUCCGCACUCCACAUUUUUUGAUGGGAUCGUAUGCAUUGUUGCUGGAUUAUGUUCAAUUGUGUCUCGAACUGAAAAUAUCAGUGUUCCAGUUUUGGGUAGAAUACUUCGCUGUCUGCAACCUGUACUGGUCUCACGUGUUGACCCUGAUUCCAGAAAAAACACAAUAGUUGAAAUUACUAAACGAGCAACAUCAAAGGGAAAAUGGCCACAGGUAUUAAUUUUUCCAGAAGGGACGUGUACAAAUCGUUCUUGUCUCAUAACAUUUAAAUCUGGUGCCUUCAUUCCUGGUGUACCUGUGCAGCCAGUGCUUCUGAGAUACCCAAACAGACUGGACACGGUGACCUGGACAUGGCAAGGACUAACAGUAAAACAACUUUUCUUUUUAACACUUUGCCAACCGUACACAAAUCUGGAGAUCGAGUUUUUGCCACCAUAUAUUCCCAAUGAGGAGGAGAAAAAGAAGCCUUUCCUUUAUGCAAGUGGAGUCAGGAAAAAGAUGGCCACAGCCUUGGGUUUACCUGUCACUGAUCAUACCUUCGAGGACUGUAGACUGAUGAUAUCUGCUGGGGAGCUGACUUUACCCAUGGAAGCUGGCUUGGUGGAAUUUACAAAAAUUAGCAGAAAAUUAAACUUGAAAUGGGAUAAUAUAAGGAAAGAAUUAGAUGGUUUUGCUGCAGUUGCAUGUGCAAACAAAGGAGGACGGAUCGGAAUUGAAGAGUUUGCCAAAAACCUGAAACUGCCAGUGUCUGAUGUUCUCAAGGAGCUGUUUGCACUUUUUGACAGGAAUGGGGAUGGUACGAUAGACUUCCGAGAGUAUGUAAUUGGCCUGACUGUCCUUUGUAAGCCUGCAAAUACAGAGGAAACAAUUCAGAUGGCAUUUAAGCUUUUUGACAGUGAUGAAGAUGGCUAUAUAACCCGAGAAGAGUUUGGUGGCCUUCUGCGUUCUUCUUUGGGAGUGCAUGACCUUGACAUCUCCACUUUGUUCCUAGACAUUGACAAAGACCAGUCAGGAAGGAUUAACUAUGAUGAAUUUAGAGAGUUUGCACUUAUACACCCAGAGUAUGCCAAGCUGUUUACAACCUACCUAGAGCAGCAGCGAUACUGGGCUCUACAGGAGGCAGAAAAUCCUUCCACAGUAAACGCUGUUAAAGUCAGUCCAAUGAAGGCUAAAGAUGAAGACAGUAUAUCAGACAAAAAAGAUGACUAAAUAUGAAAAGAAACUUUUUACAACUUCUCAGUGACCCUCCGUGUACACCAAACAGUCUCCUGAAGAAGGCAUUUAAUUACACAUCUAAUAAAUUUAGGUUAUUAUAAGGAACUGAUUUUUAUUAUGAUUAUGCUAAUUAACACAGUUUUAUGCCUUUAACAGUGCAAAAGGAACAGAAUGGUUGUUGGAAUAUUAUUUUGCAUCCGAAUGUUGGCAUUAUGCUAGAUGUUUAAUAACGCAGUACUCCUCACCACAUAUAUGGCACCACUUGUCUUACAGGUUAAUGCAUUGUUAAUGCUGUUGAAAGCCUUAGUACUGAUAUUACGGCUGACUCACUGCUAAAAUCUUUCUUACUUGUACGUAAUAUGGGUGGCUUACACUGAGACAGUCUGUCCUAACUCAUAACUCACCAAAGUUUUACCUUGACUCGAUCCAUUGAAGGGCUGCAGGUACUAUAAACAGGAGACAUGUCACCCCCCCCCCCACAGGAGCUAUGUUAAACCCUGUUAAGUCUCUUGAGAUGCAACAGAUUAGCAGAUGAUGUAGACCAUUCACUGACCCAUGUUUCAAAUGAUUCAGUAUGGUACAGCUCAACAAAUACAUGCAUACACAAAAAAAAAAAAAAAAAAUAAUAUAUAUAUAUAUAUAUAUAUAUAUAUAUAUAUAUAUAUAUAUAUAUAUAUAGGGUUCCUAUCAGCUGACCGAAGACGUAGGUUAGCGAAUGCGACUUGGUCGAGCUGUAAAUGCCAAAAUGGCAAAAUAUCAAAGCGGCAUGUAAGUGAAUUCUUUCCCUGGGAAAGAAUCCGCUUGGCCGCUUCAGUAGUUUGCCGUUUUCGGCACUG